AGAUUCAGCCCCCUGUUUUUAGCAGCUCUGUCCGUAGAACAAACCGCCGCUAAGGAACCAGCAGCGUUUCGGGGGAUCCACACCGUUGAUUUUGUAAAAAGGCCGUAGAAAAUCUAGCUGUUAUAUACGAAGCAGAGAGAUGUCGUCUGCGAUGGACGAAGAUGCGAGCAGGCUGUUCAGGAUACGACGGACGGUUAUGCAGAUGCUGAGAGACAGAGGGUAUUUGGUAGGAGAUUUCGAGAUAAACAUGACGAGAUCUCAAUUUAUCGAUAAAUUCGGAGAAAACGUGAAACGAGAAGAUCUCGUCAUCAGCAAAGCCAAGCGCAACGACUCCGGCGAUCAGCAGAUAUAUGUUUUCUUUCCGGAGGAACAAAAGGUCGGUGUGAAGACAAUGAAGACCUACACCAAUCGCAUGAAAUCAGAAACUGUGUACAGAGCAAUAUUAGUUGUCCAACAGAACCUGACUCCCUUUGCAAAAACAUGCAUUAGUGAAAUUUCCGGAAAAUUUCAUUUGGAGGUUUUCCAGGAGGCAGAGCUGCUUGUCAACAUUAAAGAGCAUGUUCUUGUUCCAGAGCAUCAGGUGCUUACAACUGAAGAAAAGAAGACUUUGUUGGAGCGGUAUACACUAAAAGAAACUCAGCUUCCCCGGAUUCAACUGACUGACCCGAUUGCUAGAUAUUAUGGCCUCAAGCGCGGACAAGUUGUGAAGAUCAUCCGACCGAGUGAGACCGCAGGCAGAUACGUCACCUACCGAUAUGUUGUCUGAGUUACCUUAGAUUUGAUUUUUGUGGUUUUAUGUGAAAGUUGGAGUUAUUGGCUUUCAGAUAUAAUUUCAUCAAUGGAUUGUAAUCUUUAUAUUACUAAGUUAUGACUGUGGCUUAAGCAGAAAAAACAGGCCCAUCCCUUUUGCUUUGAGUUGGACCAUUUCAAGUUUGGGUGUUUGGACCUUAAAUCAAAUGAUAAUCAUUUUGUUA